CGUCGUUGUCGUUGACGACGACAUGAGCUAUCACCUGACUGUCGGUCGGUUUCGCGGCCGGUGGUUAUGAGCACUCUUCCUUGGACUCAUUUAAAUGUUGGCGCUCUUCUUGAUGAAGCGAUAUCAUUCCGCUACGCGCACAAAGAUCUUGUUUGCGUCGUACUGUCAGUAAAACGGCUUGUGCUUGUUUGCAAUGCGGCUCACACGGCGCUGUAUUAUCUUGUGAAUUGUAUUGAUUUAACUGUAUUGUGGAGUCUGGUCGUUUGUGCGAGUUCGAUCAAAGACUCGGUGUGGUGGUUGACGAUGGCUAGUGAGGCAGCCAUGGAGGAAGUGAAGGCUUUUAAUGCCGAGCUCCAGUCGUUAUACGAAACCAGGCCGCCAGUUUCGAAAGCGAAGAUGACAGAUAUUACGAAGAGGGCGAUGAAGACCGUGAAACUCUACAAGCAUGUCGUCCACUCCGUGGAAAAAUUCAUCCACAAGUGUAAACCCGAAUAUAAGGUCCCUGGAUUGUAUGUUAUCGAUUCUAUCGUCCGACAAAGCCGGCAUCAAUUUAAGGCUGAGAAAGACGUGUUUGCUCCACGAUUUCAGAAAAACAUCAAAAACACAUUUCAGGCUCUAGUAAAAUGUCCAGAAGAUGAGCGACCUAAAAUAGUGCGAGUUCUAAAUCUUUGGCAAAAGAAUGGCGUAUUUCCUAUUGAAGUUACACAGAUGCUUCAUGAAGUUGUUGCAGCUGCACCUUCAAUCAAGCCACCUGAGUCUCGCAAUGGUUCUCGAGAAGAAGCGAUUAAAGCAACAGUGGAAGAUCCGUCCUUGGCGACAAAGAUUUCGACAAUGGCAUCUCAACUCAAAGAGCAAAGUAAAGAAAACAAGCCAGCUUUUGAUCGAAAAUUACUAGACUUUGAUUAUGGAGAAGAGGAAGAUGAUAAACAGGCUCCACCGCCCCCGCCACCGGUCACAAUCCCUCACCCAGCGGAAACGAAAAUUGAAGAUGUGCACAAGAUUGCCAAUAGUGUCCUCAAUCCUUCAAUGCUCGAAUCUAUCCAAAAAGCGUUGGCAGCACAAGGAGUAGGACAAAUAAUAAAAUCUGAUUCAGCAGCUCCUCCUGAAAUGAUGAAUUUAGCUAUGGUGCCACCUCCCAGCACCGUUAUGCACCCUAACCCAUUUGCUAUUCCUGUUAUGGUAGCAAACCCAUUUGCAGCACCACCACCACCACCUGCAACCUCGGCUGACACCGACAUUCGUCAGCAAAUUGUAACUAGUGGAGGAGGUGGCAAGGAUGAAGACCUUCGACAACGAGACGAUUCUAGAAGAAGACGUAGUCGCAGUCCUGGUGGCCGACGGCGGUCGAGAUCAAGGUCAGGCAACCGAUCUUCGAGAAGACGCGACCGUUCAAGGGAUCGACGGCGAGACCGAAGUAGCUCAGUUGACCGAGAAAAGGAGAGAGAGCGCUUAUCGAAAGGACUUCCUCCUAUGAAGAAGGGCUGCGUUACCUUGUGCUCUAAUACGUUGUGGCUUGGCCAUGUGUCUAAAACUACUACCGAAUCGGACCUCGAAGCAAGUUUCGGAGAGUACGGAAAAAUUCUCAGCAUUGAUAUUAUUCCCCCGCGAGGUUGUGCAUACAUUUGUAUGGACCGACGACAGGACGCGUACCGUACUCUGCUUAACAAACGCAACAUCCGCAUGAAGGGAUCAAGUUCACGUAUUAAAAUUGCUUGGGCUCCACACAAAGGAACCAAGAACCACAAGGAGCUCAAAGAUUUUUGGGAUGUAGAUCAGGGAUGCUUCUACAUUCCAGAUGAUCGAAUGCCAGCUGUCACAGAUCUGUCACAACUGGAGGAUGGCGGCAUGAUCGAUAUCGACUCCAUGUCAGAUGACCUUCGUCAACGCUAUGAUAUGGUGAAAUCGGGUGGUAAAACGACUUUACCAAUGGGGGUACCACCUGUAGUUCCAGCCGGGAUUCCGCUGCCGUUUGGAGUUCCCCCAGUGAGUGCAGCAUUCCCGAUACCCGCCAUUCCGACUCCGACUGGCACUCCCCUUCCAAUGAUCGGUAUGCCAUCGAUGCCGCCCAUGCCUCAAAUGCCUUCGAUGAUGUCAAUGCUUCCCGCAGGAAUGAUGCGUCCUGCCGUACCCCCUGCACCACCUACUGCACCACAAUUACCUUCAGCGUCGCCUGUUUCAACAAGCUCAAACGGCAGUGUCGUUCCUCCACCGCCACCUCCACCUUUGACUGGUGUAUCUCCAGUACCUGCGCCAUCAUCAUCAUCUGUUCUUUCACCAUCUAGCAGUGAUAACCAGCCUCUUUCACGGCCACCUCAGACGAUGAGUUCAGCAGGUAGUUUUGGCCCUCAGGGAGUUCGUGGUCCGGUACCUACUUCCCGGGGCCCGAUGGGUCAGAUGGGUGCCGGACCGAUGGGAAGCCCAAUGGGUGGGCCUAUGGGAGGUCCCAUGGGUGGGCCUCGGGGAACAAUGGGUCCAAUGGGAAAUAUGGGAAUGGGCGGUCCUCGAGGUCCCAUGGGCAUGCCCAUGGGUGGUCCGAUGGGACCCAUGGGGCCUAUGGGUGGGCCAAUGGGUCAUCGGAUGCCAGUGGGACCGAGAGGUCCUGGAAUGCGAAACGGACCUGAAGGGCAUAUGGACACUCCAAUGGAUAUGCCCCCCAGGUUCGGUGGACCCGGAGGUUUUAUGGGUGCACGAGGUCCUCCCGGACAGUGGAACGGGCCUCCAGGGGGACCCCCGGCGUGGCGACAUGGCCCACCCGGAAUGCGACCUGACUUUAGACCUCCACCGCUGCAUAUGCAGCAUCAACAGGGCAUGUUCAACGGUCCUCCACCACCAGGAGGUCCGUUUGGACCGGGUGGACCUAUGGGCGGCCCUAUGGGUGGACCGGGGGGUAUGGGUGGUCCUGGAGGACCAGGCAACCUUGCCAGUUUGGUCAGACAGCCGUUACAGUUGCAGGGACCGCCAGGAGUAAUACCUACAACGUCUAGCAUCACUUCCGUUUCUAGUCCAACAAAACGACCCGCGGAAGUUACUGCAACCUCUUCCACCGGUGAACGUACCGAGCGAAAACGAGAACGAAAAUCGCGGUGGUCUGACGCGCCAGACGAUGCUCCUGCUCCACCGCCACCAACGUUAGCUGCAUUGCCGCCUGUGGAACAGUUUCCCGCAGGGGCAGUGUCUGCCUCCACGGGCGGUGCGCCUUCUGCGAAAGAAGAGGAAGACAUAAGGACAGUCUCCCCAGAAGCUCUCAAAGCUGAAGAAACUGGCGAAGGCACUCCUGUCGCUGAUGAGGCUGUUUCACCGAGGCAGAUUCAAGGCAAUUUACAACCUGCCGAACUGGUUCCUGUAAAUGUAGGACCAAGUCGAGAUCAUGAGGCCGAGGAGACGAAGGGACGAAAAAGAGACGGUAAUAUUGAUAUGUUUGGUGAAUCACCGACUUCCAAUGUGACCGCUAAGACGUAACAUAACGAAAAUUGCAACCAAAUCACACGUUCGUCCAUCAGCACAGACGGACAACAGAUUGCGUAAAGAUUUAUAGAAAAUAAUUACAAUAAGACAAGAAAGGAAGUGUUAAAGAAAGGAAACUAUAAAUGAGAGUUGUGGGGGUGAAGCAGAUGGUGCAGAAGAUCGGUAAGUGAGUCUAGUAAUAGGUUGCAUAUAUAUAUAUAUAUAUAAUAUUUGAUUCAACAAAAUAAACGAGUGUCACACUCGAUGGUAACAACGGGUAACAACAAAAACGACACCAGUGAUUUUCGUAAACCAACAACAAAACUACCGUCAGCAAAACAGUAGCAGAACCCCAAAUGAGUAAUUUUGUUUUGUGAAUGCUUGUCAGUUGAAUAAGUUAAAACCCAUGUCAUAUUUUAUUCAUAUUAUUAAGCAUUACGUGGAAAAAUUAUUUUCAAGUCGAUAGACUACAAUCAGAUGCGCUAAAGCUAUUUACAGAAUUGUUCGUUGCUAUAUAUAUAUAUAUAUAUACGGGGUCGAUUGGGUAGUUUAUAUGAAUAAAUAUUGCUUAUUAAUUCAUAUGAUUAGUGUGAACGACGGUCUCGCUUACGCUGUCAAGUCGUUUAGAAGUGAUGUAAUAUAGCAGAUAUAGGCCGAGAUCGGAUAUUCGAAUCGAUUAUAGUUAUUGCGUAUUAAAAAUACUAUUCUCAUUGAAUAGUAAUAAUACUAAUAGUAAUUAUUAUUAACUGGCAAUGAAUGAGUUGAAAUAUAAGGGCCAAAAUCGAUGCUGUAAGUAAUUGGCUUAAGAAGUGAAUGAUUUAGACAGACAGACAGACAGACAGGACUGCGCUGCCUAGAAGUAGCAAAGGCAGACAACUUUGCCAACUGACGCAAACAUGGCAUAAAAUCUAUAAUUGCUAUUAGUUACUCAGUAGUGAUUAAUUACUAUUAUUAUUAUAAUAAUUAAGUAACGUAAUCCUUUGUCCUUCCCUGUAUAUAUGCAUCAAACGCUUACCAAAAGGAGCGCGAAUAUAGGCUAGAUUAAAUAAUUAAAAGCGUUUUCCUUAAAAAAUGUGAAAUGAAAAUAAAACACAAACGUGUAUGAAGGUACUCUGGCGAUAUCGAUCGGUCUUUUUUUGAGUGGUAGUUAACAACAAAGGCAACUCUGGCUUUUUCUUUCAUUUUAAUGCAGGACAGGUGAUCCUAAUACGCCAAGAAAAAGCUGCUUCUUUCGGCUUACUGGGUCUACUAGCUGAUACUAUCUUGGCUUUCUUAGUAUGAUGAGAUGUAGGGGAGUUCCUUGACGACACAGAAGUACACCUAGAAAAAUUAGCAAUUGUCAAGCUUUUCAUUAGAAAUGGCAGUGUACGACUACGACAGAUCAUAAUUUUUCUUAAAGAGCCUAAAAUUAAAACCAAUACCAUAAGUGCUUACCCCCCGUGCUACCGUUUCCAAAUCAGAAGCAUAUGUUUCAGAAAUGGAGAUGUUAAAAAAGACGCAGCCUCAAUUGCAUUUAAACCCGUAGAGCACCAGAAUCCAGAACCCAAACUUAACUCGAUGAAAUUUGUGAUAGAGUAUAAAAAGCAAAAGACGUUCACAGAACAUAAAAUUUUUUUAUUAGAAAAGUUGCCGUAAGAUGUAUAGAGGAACGUGGUGCCAGCAAAGGGCACCCUUCCUCUACAAGGCAACCUCGAAGAUGUGGGGUGGCCUGCCGAGUACGAAAUAUAUUAGAACGUUUUUAAUUCAUAAUUAUAUUCCGUAACUAACACACAAAUAAAUAUAGUAGCAAAGUAAUGGAGCGAUCUAUUUUAAGCUUGAACUAACAUCAAGAGGUCUAACUUCAAGCUCUGAAGAAAUCUCUAAGCUCUAUUGAAAAUUGAGCCCCGCAAUCCCUCUCAGAAUCGUGAGUACAGCAUCAUUUCACCUUGCUGCUACUAUUAAGUUAAAUUGAUACAGCUCUGAACAAAUAUUAUUGAAAUAAAAUAGCCUUCAGGGAUAAUUCAGUCAACUUGUCAGUAAAUCUGAAUUUCCUGACAGCCUUAAUCGAUUCUUGCUUGUGAACGGAAAUAAUAUGUUUUAUUGGAAAACUUUUAUUCGCUGAAUCAGAAUCCAUGUCCGAUCUCAUACCAUUCAUCUUGUGUGCAUAUGAUCACAUAAAAAACAACACUAAGAUGCACAUACUACUAUGUUUGCAGAAAAAACCUUAACAUUUUUGUUUUCAGAGAAAUUACAAUAUUUAUGCCUAAAUUCCUAUUUAAACGAGGUCAUCUUAUAUUAUCCAGAUUAAUCAAAUCCUUUGUUAAUAUAAAGCUUCUCUCUGCUAGUUUGAUGCACAUUACUUUCAUCAUUAACAUUAUCUUUCGUAUAAGGUUGUACCAUAUUUACAAUCCGCACAGACCGAGUUGAGUUAAUAGAACUGUCAUGAAGCUGGUAUGCUGGGCCGAAAAAUUAUGAACUAUAUUGGGCCGUUACUUUAAAUUGCGGCGGCGACAGAUAACCUGCGUACAAGUUAAUAUGAAUAACAAAAGUUAGUAGUAAAGUGGGUAUAUAUAUAUAUA